AUGCCUGCGCCGCUCCUGCCGCCAGACCACCCCCAUAGCCAAUUGCGCGCGGCAAAUCAGACGGAGAACGUUCCCACCAAUCCGCCGUCACCGCGCAAGUCGCGAGACGUCAAUUCGAGCCCCAAAAAGAGCCUGCACAAGAAGACACUCAGUUCCGUCUCGCUGCGGUCACUGGCCAAGAAGGAGAACAAGGAGGAGAAGGAGAAGCCGGCCUACAAGAAGUCAUUCGACUCGCGGCCAUCUCAGGAAGAGGCCGAGAUGGGCGAGAAGCCGAAGAAGACAAAGUCGUCGACCAAUCUGGCUGCCAUGUUCGGCGGGCGCCGGAGAGACAAGUCACCUGUGAAGGAGAGCAGAGACAAGGAGAACACCACACCACCCCGCUCUUCCCACGACAAGGCCCCACCUCGUACUCCCAUCUGGGCCGAGUUCAGCUCCCAACAGGAAGUCACCACCACGAGCAAAGUCCCGCUUAACGAUCAGCGACGGAGCGUCGAGGAGGAGAUUGCCCUCUACACUCCCCAAGACUACUCGCCCACCAAGCAGCGCAACUUCUUCGAGGUCGGCCAGCCAGCCCUCCGACCUGCCCCGAAAGAGCGGCCCAAGUCCAUGUUUGCUCCCAAGUCGACUUCCACGGCAUCCUUGCUUGAGACCUUCUCGCGCAAGCGGAGCAACGAGCGCGUUCCUCUAUCAGACACCAAGGGCAACGAGGGACGCACAAGGGAGAGCUCUCCUGUAAAGCCGGCAAGACCCGUACUCAGUAGGGCUAGUACCGACACCGGCAGUAAGGACUACAGUCUCAAUUCCAUGGCGCCGCCGCCGCCGCCAGCCACAACCAAAAAGCAGAACCGAGUCAUGGCUGCCGUUGCUGCCUUUAACGGAAAGUCAAAGCAAGCUGACGGUGCUCCGGCGUCUGCCAAGCUCGAUCCAAAGGCGGUAGACGCCGAGUUCGAGGAGGUUCUAAUGCGGACACUGAAGCUUGAGGUCAAGGCCGACUUCGUUCGCAUGCACAAACUCGACAUACCCCAGACCUCGCGAACAAACUCCGCCCAGUCUUCCAUUGGCGAGAACACCAAGCAGGCGCCACAGAAGUCGUCCAAGUCUCGACAUGGAUCUGCCGUCGAGGAUGCAGAGGAUGAGGCGGAAGCGGACAAGUCAGCCAACUCUACUAAGCGUGAGCGACCGCGGAGCCGAACAUUCACCUUCAACAGGAGUGACUCUCCGACGAAGAAGCAGAAGGGCGAAUCGGGCGAACGGAAGACGAACUCAAAACCAGCGCCUAUUCCCAAGUCUCCGUCUAUGAGGUCACUAAGGUCCAAUGCUUCUGAUCGUUCUGUGUCCAACGGAGCGAAAUCGGUCAAGGCCGACGAGUUCAUCUCCUACUUGAAGAAGACGCCUAAGCCACAGAACGUCGAAGUCGGCAAGCUGCACAAGCUUCGCCUGUUAAUCCGUAACGAGACUGUCGACUGGGUUGACAACUUCAUCCAGGAUGGUGGUAUGACUGAGCUGGUCGCGUUGCUUCACCGCAUCAUGGAGAUUGAAUGGCGCGAAGACCACGAAGACACGCUUCUGCACGAACUCCUUCGAUGUCUCAAGGGACUCUGCACAACCGCCACGGCUCUCAAGCAACUCAAUGAGAUCUCGUCGACACUGUACCCAGCAUUACUGGCCAUGCUUUUCGACGAAGAGCACAAAGGUCCGAGCGAGUUUACUACGCGUGAACUCAUCAUCGAGAUCAUCUUCGCCCACAUCUCCAUGGCACCAGAGGGCGAGCUGGAGACCCGCGCUAAGGAGCUGAUGAAGUACCUCAAAGAUCCUGUCAAGGAGAAGCAGGCUUCAACUGUUCCGUUCAUCCUUCAGAUGCACACGCAGCGACCUUACCAGGUCUGGUGCAAGGAGCUGUCGAACGUCACCAAAGAAGUUUUCUGGAUUUUCAUCCACCACCUCAACGUCAUUCCCGUCCCCCCCAAACCCACGGAAGGGAAGUCGUACGCGAAAACCCACUUCCCGGGUCAACGCGCAAUUGUGCCUGCAGCACCCUACGUCGGCGGCGUAGAAUGGGACGCAACCAACUACCUCGCCACACACAUCGACCUCCUGAACGGCAUCAUGGCCUCCCUCCCCACACGCGCCGCACGCAACGAGUUCCGCUCCGAACUCAAGAUCUCAGGCUUCGAGAAACUGCUCGGCCACCUCCGCGCCUGCAACCCCAAGUACUACGGCGCUGUCCACGACAGCGUCAAAGUCUGGAUCGGCGCCGCUCUCGAAGACGACUGGGACGUCAAGACUGUGCGUAUGGGUGCUGGCGAUGGCAAGGGCGGUAGCGUGAGCCCAGCCAAGCAGAGCCCAAAGAAGAAGACGGAACCUCCACCACAGCUCAUGGCACCGCCUAAGAUGGAUGUCGGGCUUGGUCUUGGACUGGGCUUUGAGCGGGAGAUUGCCAUUGGCAGUACGAACAAAGUAGACGAUGACUGGAUUUGA